AUGAGCGAGUGAAAGAGUGAGAUAAGCAGAGAGAGCUGCAUCUUUUGAGCACAUUCAGCUUGCAGCAGUUCAAGAGGCAGGCGGGCAGAGUAGAGAGGGGGGAAGAGCAGCAGUACCUCACAGGAGGGACGAAACCACAUCUCUCUCUCCCUCAAACACACGCCCUCAGACGUCACACUCGCAUUUGUGAGGAGGCUCAGGAGGAGGAACACCACAAGCACGCGCUGUUUUGCUGGCGUAGCUUUGGAGAGCUGUCUCUUGAAGACUGGACCAGAGCUGCAUCCAUCGCCUCAUCCACCCUUUUCACCUUGCUUUCCAUUCCUACACAGAAGCAGCCUUCCAUCACUAGCCCUCAGUUAUUUGGACUGAUUUACUGUCAUUCAUCUAACCUCUGAUCAGGGAGCUUCUCUCUGUAACCAUCUCUGUCUCUGUCUCUGCUCUCAUUCAGUCAGCCAGGAAAAUUCGAGGAACAUUUAGAGAGCAACUCACCAACCGCCUAAGGGACCACUUUCAACUGCAAUCAUGAACUUCCUCCGACGUCGUCUCUCUGACAGCACCUUCAUGUCCAACCUGCCCAAUGGCUACAUGACAGACCUCCAGAGGCCGGACUCACCUGCACCUCCACCCCCUACUACCACCUCACCUUCCCAGCAGGGUGCAGCCCCUGCCACGGCACCUGUCCCUGCCCAGUCCCCAACCAAAGCCCCAGCACCAUCCCAAGUGCCAGCCAGCUCCCCUGCAGCUCAGGAGCGACGUGCAUCCCAGCCGGCUCAGCCGCCUCAACAGGCCCAGUCUUCUAGCGGUUCUUCUGGCUUCUUCAGCUCCUUUAGCUCCAUCACCAACGCGGUCAAACAGACGGCCGCAUCUGCCGCCGGGUUUGUGGAGCAGUCGGCUCCCUCACCAUCUCUCUCUAAGAAGUUCAAGAUCCUGUUGGUCAUUGAUGAGCCCCAGCAUGAGUGGGUCAAAGUGUUCAGGGGAAAGAAGGUCCUUGGAGACUACGACAUCAGAGUGGAGCAGGCCGAGUUCUCCGAGGUCAACCUCGUCUCACACUCAAAUGGAACCUGUAACGUGGACAUGCUGGUCAUCAGGAGUGGGACCAAAGUGGUCAGGUCUUUCAGGCCUGACUUUGUGUUGGUGCGUCAGCACGCCUUCAGCAUGGCCCAGAACGAGGACUUCAGGAACCUGAUCAUCGGUCUGCAGUACGCCGGCGUCCCCUCGGUCAACUCUCUGGACUCCAUCUACAAUCUAUGUGACAAACCUUGGGCCUUUUCUCAGCUGAUCAAUAAUCAGAAGAGGCUUGGCUCAGAUAAGUUCCCUCUCAUUGAUCAGACUUUCUACCCCAACUACAAAGACAUGAUCACAACACCGAGCUUCCCAGUGGUGGUGAAGAUUGGACAUGCCCACUCUGGAAUGGGAAAGGUCAAAGUGGACAAUAUAAAUGAUUUCCAGGACAUUGCAAGUGUGGUCGCCAUCACCAAGACCUACUGCACCACAGAGCCAUUUAUAGACGCCAAGUACGACAUCAGGGUCCAGAAGAUCGGCAUUGACUACAAAGCAUACAUGCGAACAUCAAUCUCCGGUAAUUGGAAGAGCAACACAGGAUCUGCCAUGUUGGAGCAAGUAGCCAUGACUGACAAGUAUAAGCUGUGGGUCGAUACCUGUUCAGAGAUCUUUGGAGGGCUGGACAUCUGUGCCAUUAAAGCCAUCUGCGGCAAGGACGGUAAUGACUACAUUACUGAGGUUGUGGGUUCAUCUAUGCAGUUAAUCGGCGAUCACCAGGCCGAGGACCGCCAGCUCAUCUCUGAGGUGGUGCUCACUAAAAUGAACCAGGCACUGGUCGCCCGGUCGUCCUCGGCUUCCCGCUCGCCCGCUCGCUCUCCUCAGAGUGGGAAACCGACCACUGUGCAGCCUCAGCAGAGUGCUGCCCUCAAAGAAGGAGUGGCAGAUCCAAACAGGACCUCAGGCCAGCGCCCUCCGUCUCAAGUGAAAUCAAAGAGCGUGGACCCGUCAUCAGAGGCGGUUAAGAAAGUGUCUGAACCUGUACCAAAGCCCGAUCAGGCCCAGAAACCUGGUCCAGGUCCAGCUCAGAAACCAGCUCAGACUCAGAAGCCAGGCCCGGUCCAAAAGUCUCAGUCAGUCACAAGACCUCCUGUGCCGAGGCCUCCCCCCAUGACAAGAGCCCCAUCUCUGGCAAAGUCCGCUCCAGAUUCUUCCUCUACCCCAUCUCCAGCCAAAACUUCACCAUCAUCCCCAGCUAAAGUAGCAGCGGCUGUGGCAGCUCCAGGCUCUCCCUCAACCAAAUCAGCAGCAGCCGCAGCCUCCGCUCCAGCCCCAGUCGCUUCCUCCACCCAAUCUCCUACAAUAGAGCAGCCCAAGCCCCAGCCUCAAGGCUCCCCGUCACCAGCUCCUGGCAAACCCAAAGAGCUGCCCCCCAAACCCACACCACCUGCAAAGCCCAUCCCACCUGUGCGCAGGAAUUCAAAGCCUCACAUCCAGCCAAAGCCACAAACCCCGCCUCCUCCCAAAGCUUCCCCCAAACCCCAGCCAGAUCCCCAAGCAGCCACUCAGGCCUCAGACGCUGCCUCAGCCUCUUCCUCAGCACAAGUUCAGUCCCCAGUCAGAGCCAGCCAGUCCCCACCUCACGGCCAGUCUCCAGCUAAGGCUCAGCUCCAGGCCAAGAACCCCGAGUCUGACGCAGCUGAAGCAGCUGCCGCCCCCGCUGAGGUCCCUGCUGAGGCCCCUGCUGAGGCCCCCGCUGCUGUGGAAGAACAGCCAGCUUCAGGGCAAAAGACCCAUCCUCUGCUGAAUAAGUCCCAGUCCCUGACCAAUGCCUUCAACGCUUUCAGCGACUCCUCUUUCUUCCGCGGGGUCUCGAGCUCUGCAGGCGACGGCCAAGACGAGGCAAAGGCAGAGACCAUUCGCAAUCUCCGAAAGUCCUUCGCCAGCCUUUUCUCUGACUAGAUACAGCCCGAAGCCAUAGUCAGGCCCUCUUUGAUUAAUCCUGGCCCCUGUAUCGUCUUCGGCCAGCGACUCGAUUGACAUUAAAUGUGAACCGGUCUGAGAUUAAAAAUGUGUGUGUUAACUGUACUGUAUUCCCCCCUCCGUCCGAGUCCCUCUGCUCCUCCACCUUCGGCUCCUCUGUGUGAGUAACAGUGAGGCCGGCCGGGUGGGAUGUUCAGCAAUUGAUCCUGUGCCAGAGCAAAUGGACCGAAGGAGUUACGUCAUUGAAAUAGAAUAGAAACAGAUUGACUGGAGUAUAAAAGAAAUAAAAAUCUUUAUUUUUCCCAGAGCAAACCCUAUAAAAAAACACACUAACAGUAUAUUAUUCAUGACUACAAAUGGAAUGUACAUACAACAUAUAUAUAUAUAUAUAUAUAGAUAUAUAUAUUAUACAGUAAAUGAAUAUCAACACAUAAGCCAAUGUUGAAAAAUCGAGUUGCACUUUUCACAUCUGUCAGUGGCAUAACUCUUUCACUCAGUGGCUGGAUUUAUCCACAUUUAAAAAUAAAAUAAUAUAAUAUAAUCACAUUAUUUGAUGGGUUUUCCCAUCAGGUGAAAACGUUUGACUUCUCGUGUAAAUCCAGCCAUUGUGCCUCUGGUCCUUGGUUACUGCUCGUCACUGCUGCCCCCCCCCUCCUCCCCUUUAUUUUGUCUCCAAAGUUAAUUGUCGUCUGUGGGAGUUGGAAAUAAUGUGUGUGUGUGUGUGUGUGUGUGUGUGUACAUCUGUGCUCAGUUGUUAUGCAUGGCUCCUCCAAGUGGUUCGGUGUGACUUUUGGAGCAGAAGGGAGCUCUAUCAGUGUUUGAGUUUUACCCUCCGUUGCCUCUCUCUAUCUCUCUCUCUCCCCCCCCCCCCCCCUCUCUCUCUCUCUCUCUAGAUGUUGUAGCCUUAUUGUGAGCUAUUCACAGCUUCGCUUGUUAGUUGUGCAGACCUGAGUCCAUUACAGCUUGAAAUUCAUUCAUUUACAACAACAGUUUUGAAAAUUGGUCAGCUCACUGAGGUAAGAUCAAUUUGUGCUCUCGUAGAUUCUGGAGCGUUCGGGACUCUGGGGAUGUCUCGUAACAUUUUAGACCAGGGGGUGUCAAACUGAAAUGACCUGGGGGUCAAUGAGCUUCUAGUCUGGUCAAGAGGGGGCGGGGCUAGGAAAAUCGAGCAGAUUUGGCAAUAGGAUCUUAAAAAUUAUAACGUAAUAUGUCCUCGGUUAAGAUAUUCAUGGAGAUAUUUCACAGAAUUCCAAAGUAAAAGUGCUAGUUUUGACAUGGAACGAUGUAUACUUCACAAUAAAAGCAUAUCGAUGACAGCAAAA